AGCUACAAGAUCUAAUAUGAAUGCUGCCUGACAGGUCGAGUAGGAAACUACAUGGGAGAUGACCUGCAGAAAAAAGCAGUGCGAGGGUGUUUCUUGGCAGCACGAAAGUGGUCAGUGCAGGUGUUCACAGCCCUAAAGCGGACUGAGAAGUUGUCUACUAUGCUGGGCAAAGGGCAGACACUUGUGUGCUGAGGAUUACUGGAGGAGGACAUCUGAAGCAGCAGGAAAGGGGUGGAGAGGAAUUAGCAGGACUUCCACUGAUCAUUGUGAAAAUCCUUUCUCAGACAGUCUCUGAAACUCUUGGACAUGUUUGAAGAUGUGAAGUGUGGCUGAAGCGAAUACAAGAAUCAGACAUUUGGGUUACUUUUGGAUUACUUGAACCUAAAGCAAGAUGAUGCGAUAUAAAACAGCUUCAACAGUGACGACGACCUCAGAGACUUCCCAGAAAUCAGGGAACAUCUGCCGGCUACGUCUCACAUUACCUGUCGAUGGGGCAUCAAAAACAGAACAGAAAGAUUUUAACAAGGAAAAGCAAUCACAUGUGGACUCCAGACGUACAACUGACAGAAGAAAACGAAAUGGCUUCAUUCUGAGAGCCAACCCAUCUGAGCUCCCAACUCUUCACCUCUAUUCCGUACCUAAAGGAACUCAGCCACCUGGAACAGCCUCGCAUGGAGUGGUUUAUGGAGUCGUACAAAGGACCGAAAACAACCAUCAAAAUGAGGUUGUUGUCUAUGAAUGGUCCUCCCAUCAACUGAAAGAAGAAAUGAAUUAUAUUAAAGAUGUAAGAGUGACCUUGGAAAAGAUAAGAGAGAGAAUGUUUGGAGAAUAUGAUGAUAUGAAAGAGAAAAUUAAACGUCUUUCUCAAGAAAUGAAGGUCUCAUCAGCACAGCAAGAACUUUGGAGAACCAUACCCAGGCACAAAGCUUCUGCCAUUGAUAGUCUUGGUGACAUCAAUAGCUCUCUAAAUGCUUCAUCAAUAGAAAUACAGAAAACACUAGUUGAUAUGACUCUGGAAAACUGCAACAUUAAAGAUGAAGUGAAGAAUCUGAAACAUUCCUAUAAUGACUCUUUAGAUAAACUGAAAGAAAAGCAGUGUUUGUUGGAAGUGGCACAAGCUGAAAACCAGUUGUUAAGAGUAAAGAUAGAAUCGUCUCAAGAAGCUAAUGCUGAAGUCAUGAGAGAGAUGACACGAAAACUUUACAGUCAGUAUGAGCAGAAGAUACAAGAGGAGGAGAAGAAAUACGUCACAGAAAGAGAAGCCAUGAUUGCCCAGGCUAAACAGUACAUCAAAGCUAUUGAAGAUGCCAGUGAGAAAGUUACAAUUGCAGAAGCAAAAAUAGAAGAACGAGAUUUAAAAAUUGUAGAACUAGACCAACUAGUUCAGAGAAUGCAUCAGGAACGGGAACAACUUCAGGUACAGCUAACAAGACAUGAGGAACGUAUUCACAGACUUGAUCAAAAGAUGGACAUAACAACGUCAGAACGGGCAAGGACACAAAAUUUAGAGGAAGCUGCAACCAGUUUACGGGAGCGUAUUAAACACCUAGAUGACAUGGUUCACUGCCAACAAAAGAAAGUAAAACAUAUGAUUGAAGAGAUUGAGCUUUUAAAGAAAAAGGUCCACUACAAGGAUUUACUUAUCCAACAGCUUCUAGAAAGAAUAGCAAUGCUGGAAGGAGAGAAUAAUGAAUUACAAGAUAAGAUGGAAUACCUGAUGGCAAAUCAACCAAAGGAAGCCCCAGAAACCAAAGAUGCUUCAACUUCCUGCGAACCUCCACAAAUUGAUCCAUCGAAUUCACCUGCAAGUAUAAACACUACUGAGAGCGAUGACUGCCAAGGAAACGGCAUCGAACCCGACUCCAAAAGACCUCCUCAGAGAUCAUACACCCCUUACAUGAGAGUCCUAGAGCUAAGUAUGAAGAAUAAAGUGUCCUAAGUUCAAGAUUACUGAAGAGGAAGAAAAACAUUCCACAGAAACCUCUUUCCUUCGGCAUUCAGACUCCAGCGCAAUGCAAUAUGGCACGUGCAAGCAAUAGCAGCAAGACCGUUUUACAGUAUCAAAAGCUGUGAUUUUGGAUAAGGUGCUAAAAUGAUCUGAAAAACAUCACAAUGGGAUCUGAAGGCUGCCUGGCAUUUUAGCUCCUAGUGUAUAACUUGCCGAUCCAGGUAUGGAUCGGUAACAAGAAAUAACCAUUUGCAGCACUCCACUUUGGGUCUGGAAUAUUUGUCUCUGUCAGCACUACAUUGAUCUUUUAUGUAAAUGCAUUUCACUGUGAGAUUUCUCUAUACACUAUCUAUAGCUGCACUGCAUACUUUAUUACUGCACUUACUACUAUUCAACUCCUGAUCAAGAGUGACUUACCACAUUACCACACCUCAACCCUUCGAGCAAUAGGGAGCUCUCAGACAUGCUUUCCAUGCACAAUCAAUAUUAGAACUGAUGCAAGAAGCAUGGCAGAGCUCAUUAUAGGGGUUUUCAUGGACAAUAAAAAAAAAAAAUGGGCCAAUGUUAAAAAUAGAAAAAAUUACUCACUUCCACCACUCUUCUGCCAUACUGACACUGCUCCGUUCCUGGCCAUGAAAGGCCAGCUCAGCCACUCAAUGGCUGAGGUGGGUCACCACUAAAUUUCUCCCUGGAAAACUAAUUUAAUUUAACAUGGUAAAAAUAUGGUUAAAAUAGUCUUAUGAAGAUGAACUGGCCCGGGGAUGAGUUGAUUGCCAUGGGUCUAGCUUCUGAAACCACUGACGAUCAGCUGUUAUAACAGGAGACAUUGCAGCCAUUACAUUUAGUAUUACAUUGCGCCAUUAAAAUUAACUAUCUGCCACUGAUUCUUAGCGGCUCUCUGCACUGACUCCUAAAUAGGAGACAACCCCUUUAAGCCAAGAACGGUUGGAAUGUCUAACUUUAUACAGAACAUAUGUGAACGUUGCAUCUUUAUGGAACUCAUGUGCCUUAUUAACAUUAUAUUAUAGUUGUGUAACAAUAAUAAUGUAUAAGAAUAUGCAAUUAAACUGAUUCUUUAAACUUCAGGUCAAAUGCUCUUCUCACAAGAGUCAUAUUUACUAUAUUUAUAUUGUUUUAUGAAUCACUGCCUAAAAUCAACUGCAAUAAGACCUGUAUAUAUGCAGAUAGCUCUGCCUUAAAGGGGUUCUCUGGGAAUUAAGACAAUUAAAAUACUUAAAUAUUACUUUAUUAUAAAUAUACCUUUCAUUAGUUAUAAUGGCUUGUCUUGUCUGGGGAGCAAUCAUCAGGGGAAAUAAAAUGGCCUCUGGCCUAUUAGUACACACAAAACCUGUCCUAAUCACACAGAGGACACGUUCGCAACACCGAGCUAAAGAGCUGCCUCCUCCACCUCUCCUACGCUCAGAGAUUAUGGUCCUGAAUAGAGUUUAAUAUGAGUGCAACGUGCGCCUAUCCCCAGGGCCUCUAUAUCGCGUCCCAGGUGUAGUAGGAAUGCCGAGUGGUGUAGUGCGGCCUAAAUGUCUCUUUAUGUGUCACGAUGCUCCUA